UACUUAACGUGGGAAUUUACUCGUCUGUUUCGUGUGUGUUGCAGAUGCCCUCGAGAUCGCGGUGUUGCCGAAACCACGUCUGAAUAAACGAGUCGUAAAUCAGAUCGAAAGAUGCGAGCAGCACCGUCUCUGCUGUCGUUCGUCCUGAUCCUUGUAUAUCACUCGGGAUGGACCCACGGGCUCUGCAAACUGGAGAACAGCACUUCAGCGUGGUGCGACCAGCUGGAGGACCUCAAGCACAUCGAGACGCAGGGUCUGGAGUCCUUGACCGCUCCGAUCGCGCGAGACGUUUUAGUCCCGAGCCUCCUUAACAAUCUGACCAGCCUCAGGCAUCUCGACCUAUCCGACGGCGAUCUGAAGAAGAUCGAACCAGGAAGCUUUCGAACUUUAAGUAACUUGAAAAGUCUCAAUCUCGGCGACAACCGCAUCGAGUACCUGGAGCUAGCCUCCCUGGAGGGUCUGACCCAUCUGCGAAGUCUGAACCUGCGGAAAAACGCCAUCCAGCAACUGCCGCCCGCCCUGGCGCGCCUGAAAAAUCUUAAGCAUCUGGAUAUCCACGGUAAUCCGCUCGAGUGCAACUGCGCCACUCUCAAAGUCCGCGAUCUUAUCGCGCAGAGGGGCGUGACGAUAUCGAAGAAGGUCGUAUGCGUGGGCCCCGACAACAUGAAGGGUACGUCGCUGAUGAAACCGAACGCGGCGAUCAUCUGCAGUUUCGAGCAGCAGGAUCGGGAGAUGCAGAACGAUCAAGCGGAGGGAUCCGGGGAGCCGGAUCUAGGAUCCGGAGAUGUGUUUGACGAGCUCAAUGAAGAGGAUGAGGAAGAGAACGGUGGGUCGGAGGUCAGUAACAGCACGUCGGAAAAGCCGGGAGAACCGGAAGUCGAGACUCCUUUCCCGACCGUGUUGGUAGAUUCCGCAGAAUCUUCCGUCUCGAAAGAAAUCACUACCGACGCGACAACGAGUUCCCUGCAAGAAGAAGAAAUCUUCUUUGACAAUGAAGACAAGAAGGAGCAAGCAUCCACGACCGAGAUGUCGCGGAACAAAGAGGACAUCAAGGAUGCCCUGUUUUAUCCACCCUUGGCCUCCGGCGAUGGGGACGAAGGUUCCGGCGAAGGAUCCGGCGCCGGUGGAGCGCAUUACGACGAGGAGGAGACCGAGAAAGCUGAUACCGAUGAAGAAUCGUCGUCCUUCACGGGAGCUCUAUGGAAUAUGGUUUUUGGUGGCUUAACAGGAACUUCCGCGACUACGUCGAAGACCAGUGACCCAGAUCUUGAGGAGGAGGAGUUUAUAGAUGUGUCGUCCACUAAACUGGCCACCGAGGAGCCAAUCGUGUCCAGCAAGAGUCAUUCGGUCGAGUCCGACAUUAAAAUCACUACCGAAGUUACCACGAAGAUCGUACCGCCCGAUCCGAAAGUCAACGACGUACAAGUGUUGAAACCUCCUAACAUGAUCGACGAUUCUAAAUCCGGUAAUAUCAUGGAUAGAGAUAAUAACGAACAAGCGGUAUCUUCGCCCAAGCAGUCCAAGAAAGGCAUGGGCUCGUACGUCGUUCUCGCCGUCCUGCUCGCCAUUGUCGCGGCGCUGAUCGGUUUCGCCGCGUACAGGGGUGAGAUAUGCAGAAAGAGGAAAGCGCCCGACGUAGAGACCGGCACCGAGAUGAAGGAGAUACAGAAGUCUCUGCUGGAGCACGGCGACAAUUCGACUCAGCCAAAGAAGGAGGAGAACACGCCCUACGUAACGGAACUCGAGAGCGAUCCUCUCGUGAAGGUCAAAUCCGCUGGCGACGACGCGAAGACUGACGAGAUCCACGACGAUGACCGUCGUCAAACGCAAGAAACACCGCGUCUCAAUGGCACUGUCGAUCAUUCGGAGCCCGUGAAACCGCCCAGGAAGCAACUUUCGCAGGACGAAAAUGCAAUUUCGCAGGACGACGAGGUGAGAGAGGAGAGACCUCGUAUUGACGUGAAUUCCUUGAGGAAGAACUUCUUGGAGGAUAAAAACCCGCUGCCCUCCACCUCGAUGGCGACGACCAACGGACCGACCCCGAAUCACAACGCUUCGGAGCCCAAUGGGCCACCGCUCAGCCCCGGGGCCCAAAGAGUGAAGAUCACCUUGCAGGAGAUUCCCGAUAGUGUGCCAAAGACGCCCAUACUCAUCACGCGAACAAUGGCUGGUGAGAAUCUAGUCAAGACGCCAUGAAGCAGUGUCCCGAGGAGAGAAUCUACGCGAAAUAACGAACGUUAUGUCGACCGACCGACGUGCUCGUCUGUCGAACGUAAUUGAGAGACAAAUAUUUGGUGCAGAAAUGAGGGAGAAGAGUUCUUUUUCUUUUUACAAAUGCGACAGGUCCCAGAUGUGAUUUAUAAUAACGCCGUUGUUCCUAGGAUUGCACGCAAAUUGACUUCUCGCGAUGGAUUUUCGUGAUAAAGAAAGAUCAACCGAGUCAAAGACCAUACACGCGCGGACAGUGGCUAGGGGACUAUUGUUUUCGGCAGGAAGCUGAAAGUGUGCGAAAGGUGACUGAGGAACAGAUGUAACCUCGGGCCGCUUCGUUGAACAAUCGGACGCACGAAAUGCUAUAUGUAUAUAUUUGCUGAAACUGUAUGCCGUGCAGGAUGUCCUUUGGCUAUCGCGUAUUCUUUUUUAUUUAUGAUGACAUCAUUGUAUUCGAUUACGUCUUUUAAGGAAACUUCGCGAGAUCGUAGAUUCUGAUCUUCGUGAAACUUUGUAUACGUAUAAGUAAAAUAAAUAGAUGAAUUUAGAAAUUACAAGUCAAAAAAUGUUAGAAUUAACGCACAUAUAUAGUAAUUUC